AGGAAACUGCUGUCCCGCGCCUCCGGGUGAGCAGCCGUCGGACUCGCAACUUCAGGCCAUGAGGGACCAAAUCAGCGAUGACGACAGGCCGUUGCAGACCGGCAGUAAGGUGAACGCCUGCUCCUUCACGGAAUUCUUCGACAGCACCCUGGGGGAAUGCGUCAGCGGUCGCUGCCGUACACCCUAUACCAGGCCAGAUAGCGAUCGCUUCUGUGAACCCAUCCCUGACGCCGAGCUCACCUCUCUGGACACGACCGCUGCGGUCACCGACAGCUUGCGCCUCUCCGGUCUACCUGGAAACUUCAAGAUGGAGGAUGUGCUGAAUGGCAAUAUGCGGGCCGACUUCGAUCAGGAGUUUGCCAGGGAAUUGGCGGCUCUGCUGGACAUCCCUGCGGAGAUGAUUGUGGUGCAGAGCGUUGCUGAAGGCUCUGUGGUGGUGAAUUUCAGGAUUGUCUCGCCUACAGCAGAAACAGACCAGCAGGACGAAUCCCUGGUCCCCGCGAUUGUGCAGAUGAGUUUGUCAUCGGUUCGUCAGAACAUGAACAGCGUGGCGACGCCCGGGAGUUUGCUCAGCAAUACCGAUACGGCCCAUGGCGUUUCCGCCCCAACGACGAGCCAGAGAGUGCAGGAGUAUUCCAACGAAGAGGCCUUGAUGCAGUCCUUUGAUGGCUCAGCUUUAGAAAAGGUGCCGGGCAGGAGCAUUGAGACCUCCGAGGUUUAUAGUUUGUCUCCCAUCAGCAUAGGUGGUCGAUCCAAACCCAACGAAUAUCUGCCAUCGGAUCGCUCGAAGCCAACUCAAGAUGAGAAAUGGGAGCAACCCAGCAAGGUGGAUAUCGAUGUAGCGAUCUUCAUCACUCCGGUGCAUCAGAAGGUGGAGAAAUAUACCCUCUGCCCACAGUAUGCUAUGCACGAGGACCCAGUGACAGCCAUGUGGCAAAGCGAUGGCAAUGCGGCCGGCUACGGUGGCAACUUCUUAGCCAACUCGCCGGAGAUGAUUGCCUUCAAAAAGUGGCGCGUUCCUCAAGAUCGGCGCAUCACAGUGACGGACUGUGACACCUACGACUACUUUGAGGAGCUGAUGAAGGACAAAGCGGCGCGCUCGGGACAAGAGUUCUUUGCUCCGGACAACAUUUACACCUCUGAGAACUUGAUCAAUCCAGACUUCUGCAUUCCUGACGAAGUCUGGGUCAACACUUCUUGUGAGGAGAUGACCACGCUCCAAGCCUCGUACCGUGACCAAUAUCGCGUGGCAUGCAAUCGGGAGCUCUUCGCGAGCAGCGAGAUGCGCUACACCAUCAACAUGCCGUUGAAUGACAAGUGGAUCCAGGCCGAGAGUCGGCGCCCGGGCUCCGUGUACAAACCCGAGUGGAUCGUGGAUACCAUGCAGAGCUACUUCUUCACGUGGGACUCAACGGCGGAGGAAACCGAGAAGAUCUUUUCAAACAACGCACCAGCAGGUGGCGAUGUGCAGCUCUCCUAUGACGAGCGACUUUGUGCAGCCCGGGAUCAAAAGGCACCGUGUCCCGUGCCGGUGCUGUACACGGGCAAGACACUCUACAAGGGUGAGCAUUCAGGCAACAACCGAAAGGUCCUUGAGAAGACGCAAAUGUCACUGAAUCACUUGCCAGCCUCCAGCCCCACCAUUGUGCCUGUGGUGGAGAUUCUCAUGGACAUUGAUCGCACGGUGAAGCUGGUCAAACGAGGUCGCCCACAAUGGUGGCCCAGUGAUGAGCAAAAGCUGCGCGAGGUGCUACAGUGCAAUGUCAAGACUUACUACGAAGAAAAUCGCAACCGCUGCCGCGAUCUAGGAGUUGAUCAGCAGCCAGCCUUCCCUUUCCAGAUCGAUUUGGAGGAAGCCAUGAGCGAUGUCACCUCAGCCAGGGAUCGCUCCAUGACGCUGCAGCCGGGCUAUGCUCACAGCAUCGACGUGUCGCUGGCGGUGAUCCCGCUCUAUGUGAAGGACAUGCUGGGAUCGACAUCCAUUGCCACCUUCUAUGUUGAGGUGGAGGCUGUACGUGUGUACAAGCAGGCCUUGGGCUUCCGAGAACGCAACGAGGCGCAGGUCCGUGUGAAGUUUCGCCUCAGCGAAAAGGCCAAGGCCCUGAUGAAACAACCGGUCAUGCCCUGGGCCAACUUCCUGUCGCAAGCUGGCGCUUGGUUCGGCAUCUGGGGCAUUGCCUCGGUGGUCCUGAGCGGAUUGUACAAAACCUUCAAGAUGUGGGGUGACCUCGGUCCGCGCGAUGGAGAGCUCACCCAAGAGGAGUAUCAGGCCCAGCAUGAAGAGAAGAUCGAUUUCAAAAAGAAGCGCGCAGCACGAAAGAUCAAGGCGCAGCUUGAAGAAGUGUUCAGUGAUCGAGGCCUCCAAGUGAGCUACCAGAAGGUUUACGACCUUUUGGUGCAGCCUAGCAGCACCACUGGUUUGCGCAGUCAAGUGCUCCUGAGCCAAGUCCUGAAGGGAACCGAUCCUCUGGUGGAUCUGCCGGAGCAAGUGGUCAGCCUUCUGGGUGAGGUGCGCGUUCACUUGGACGAGAUGGAUGAGGUCGACGACGAAUCGGAGAUGGAAGAUGAGAUGCUCAAUAAGAUCGAAGAGGAAGAGCGGAAGCGAAACGCGUCCUUGUGCCCCUUGCAAUGAGCAAAACUCGACCUCGUGAUCCGAAGCUUGACCGGGGAGAUGCCCCAAAAUAUGUG